AUGGCUAAUUUGUUCAUGACGAACGAGGAGCUUGGAAAGAAAAACGACGAUCACAAGCGGACUAAAAUUCCCCCAAUCCGAUCCUCGCAAUGGAAUACGGCUCGGAUUCCCCCACGGAAGACGCUGAAGCGUCUCGCCAUAGCCUUGACCGUCGCCAUUUUCGUCUACCUUUUUAUACACAACAUACCUACAGAUAACCCCAUCCGAGACCACCGACACCCCGUCUAUCGCCCCGUUUCCGCUCAAAACCCGUCGAACGCACCGAGCAUUCCCAAGUUAAAUCCCAAUCGUCCUUGGAAGCCACCGACAAAGCCUGAGACCGCCAAGCAGAAGCCAAAGCCUAUUCCUGAAGUUGACCCAAAGCCUGUGCCGGAUGUUGGCUACAAUGGCCCGAUCACGUUUCCCAAUCUCGCUGUGUCGCUACAAGCAAUAUAUGAGACACAGGGAACGUCUCCAACGAAUAAAAACAUACUGUUUGCGGCAUCCAGCCUUAAGAGCGCUGCUAAGCUGCUGCCAAUGGCUUGUCAGAUGGGGACCGAGUUACGGAGCUACGUGCAUUUUGCCCUCAUGAGCCGAAGUGAUAUCGAUAUGGAGCAGCUGAAGGCUAUCAACGGCAUCGACCAGUCCUGCCAGAUCAUAUUUCACGACGCCCGUCUGGAUAAAUCGACCGAGUCAACCAAGACACGCCUUUCUAAGGGUGUAUCUCGUGCCUUCCACCACGUCCAAACGUACAUGCACCCACAAGCUGUGCUUGUAGAUGCUUCGGGCGAAGAAGAGGAGUAUUUCCUUCCCGCUGCAAGAGCCCAGGCAUCUGAGGAAGGAUUCCCUCUGAUCGAACUACCUGAGGGCGCACAGAAACACCUUGCUUGGAUGACGAAGCUGGAUAGUGCUUCUUUAGCAGCCUGGAACAAAGUCAAUGUCGAGAUCAUGGUCUACGCCUCAACCGGCACCUCGGGAAGCCUAAUUCGGCUGCUGAAAUCUCUGUCGGCCGCGGAUUUCACGGCUUGUGCUAUUCCACACUUGACCAUUGAGCUUUCUCACGAUAUUGACGCCGCUACGACUCAGUUUCUGCAAAAGUUCCAGUGGCCGCCUUCCCGAGCGUAUAGUCCGACUCACGUUCGUCAACUGACUCUUCGCCACCGUAUCCCGCGUAAGAGCUUGACGGAAGAAGAGAGCUCAGUGCGAUUCCUCGAGUCUUUCUGGCCCGCAGACCAGCAUUCCCACGUCUUAGUUCUCUCUCCGAAUAUCGAGUUAUCCCCUCGGUUCUAUCAUUACCUAAAGUACGCACUCCUUGAAUACAGCUACUCCGUCCCCGCUACCAUGCAACAAUGGGACUCUCACCUUCUUGGUAUCAGUCUAGAGCUUCCCUCAACCCACCCAGGUGAUGCCCUCAAACCUUUCAGCCCGCCCUCUGCGUCCAAGAAGGCUACUGCCGCCCAACAACAAAAACAACAAAAGAAAACCCCCACCGACAACAACACCCCAUUCCUCUGGCAAGCUCCCGGCAGCAAUGCCGUCCUCUACAGCGGCCAAAAGUGGACGGAACUCCACAAACUUGUGUCCAAAUCACUCGAGUUCCUGCACCAACAGCAACGACAUGCUAGCACUACCAACCCUGCCUUGAAUUUCUUCACCCAAAAACAAAUUAGCAAACACUACCCCUCCUGGCUCGAACACGCCCUCCGUCUCGCGCGCGCCCGCGGCUACUUCACCUUGUACCCCAGCCCCCAAACAGCGAGGAACCUGGCGACCGUACAUAAUGAGCUAUACCGAGGGCCGGAGGAGUACCGCAGCAGCGAUGCUGGUAGUGGGAGCGAUAGCGGCAGUCGGAAUGAGCUAGGGAAACAAAAGGAUGAAAUCAGCCUCUCCCCCGGUUCGCUACUGGACAGCUUACCCGCCGGGGGCAAUCUCGUGCCCUUUGGUGAUAUGCCGUUGCUGGAUUGGGAGGGAAGGGCGACGAGUUUAGCGGAGGUGGAUAGGGGGGCAGGGGAAUAUGUGGAUGAGUUCAGGAGAGCGGUGGGGUGUGGGAAGUUGGAGAAGGGGAAGAGUCAGAUGGGUGAGGACGGUGAGGAGGAGGAGGAUGAAAAGAAUAUCUUGGCUAAUGGGGUUCGGAAAGGAGGGGUGGAGAAUUUGUUUUGUAAUCGGUGACGAGGUUGGAUGGGUGAUUGGGGGGUGGUGUGGAUUUGGCGAUGUAUGAUUAUGGCGUCUUUGGAUAUUGUGAGUUGAUGCUGGCAUUAUCUUCACUAUGGCAUGUCGAUGGUCCCAGACACUUAUUCGCUGUUCUAGUACAAGUGCGAUGCAUAUCGUCGACAAUCUUUUGUCUCUACUGACAUCUGGCAUUUGUCGCAACAUGUCGAAACCAAGUUCCGUGGAUGAUAUCCUCCUCAGUCACUACUCAUCAGCCUGCUCUCCAUACUUGUUCACAACUAGAAGCGUAAUACAUGCCCCGAAUAUGGAAAGGGC